AGCAACAGGUUGACGCACUUAGUGUAUCACAUUGAUCAGUUAUCAGCCCGUGCCGUUCAACUCCAGCUGCAGCGACAGUACUGCAACACUGCUACAGGUGUCCCGUUUCUCAAGUUCAGGGCAAUUAUCCUCUGUGCACUUUACACUCUGUGCUACUGUAAUCUCAACUAACAAACUCCCACCGAUCUUCACUGUUUCAGGUGAAAACAAACAAAUAUGAAAUCCACAGGAAAAACUUCCAAACGCAACAGCAAAACGUCAGUGGAGAAUGACCAGGAUUUCCUGGUGGAGAUGGAACCCGCGUCCAGUGAUCACGAAGGCUCUGAAAAGUCUCUUAACCUCCGGGGGAAACGCAGAAAGAAGAGCAAUGACAACGGCAUGGCCUCGAGCUCGACGCGAAGGAAGCAGCACCCGAAUGCCAAGGGGGGUAACGUCAGGAGAUUGGAAAGCAACGAGAGAGAACGGCAGAGGAUGCACAAACUCAAUAACGCUUUCCAGGCGCUCGGGGAAGCAAUCCCACACAUCAAGACAGAGAAAAAGCUCUCUAAAAUUGAGACGCUCACCUUAGCCAAGAACUAUAUAAAAUCUCUCACUGCCAUUAUUUUGGGUAUGUCAAGCGGGUGCUUGCAGCACGCAGAGGGCGUGGAGUCUUCACACGCAUCUAAACUGUUUGAGCACUACCAGCAACAACUUGAAGACGAUGGAAGCUUGUCAGAUUACCUUACACAGAUCCACAGCUUCAGAGAAGGCAGUUAAAGACAGAUGCGCUCUUUGUGCCAACCUUGGGAAGGUAUCUUUUACAUCCCCAAGAAGGACGCUAUUUAAACGUGUUCAAUAUUUUAAAACUACACCGAAGAUCAGACUGAACUGAUGCAGCAACAGGAAACAGCAAUGACAUCUUCAGGACCGUUUUACUUUCUGCAACUUUAUAGCAGGAACACAGCAUUAUCACUGGGAACAUGGCGUUCCUCCUCACUGCCACACGACCAAGGUCAUCAUUAUCUGUGUAUGUACUGUAUAGAGAAAACUGUGAACAAAUGGUACCUUCAGAUAGACCCAUUCAGAAACACAUUGAAUUAUGAAUGAUUUUGGAACGGUGGCCCUCAAGAACUCCUGUUUUACCUGCUGCACCUUGAUCCUGUAAUUGAAACCUCCAGACAAUGACACAAAUUGAAUAACAUGUUAACACUUACUCUAAGUAGGUUAAAACUGCGGAAACUGACUAAAUUAUAGAAAUUAAAAUAAAUAAAUAAAUCAGAUUGAAUGCCUGCUCCAGUAUUUUUGUGCUAAAUGUGGUUUUGUUGCAUUUUGCACUUGUCAUUCUACCAAAGAGAACCAUGUGUACUAAUAUGGUUUUUGAACUCAGUAGCCCUCCAAAUACUGUGCCAUAGUGUGGUGGUCAGCGAGCCAAGUAUGCCUUGUACAGCUCUGCUGUAGUUUAAUAGGGAUGCCAAUAAAUGAUGCUGUAAUCUAAUUUCUGGAAUACUGGCCAUGCCACCAUUUGGAAUAAAAGGGCUUGUAACCAGGAGGUCCCUGGUUCAAAUCCCACCUCAACCACUGACUCAUUGUGUGACCCUGAGCAAGUCACUUAACCUCCUUGUGCUCCGUCUUUCAGGUGAGACGUAAUUGUAAGUGGCUCUGCAGCUGAUGCAUAGUUCACACACCCUAGACUCUAAGUCGGAUAAAGGCGUCUGCUAAAUAAAUAAAUAAUAAUAAUAAUAAAAUAAACCUGAUACCAAUUUUUUUUUUUUUUUUUU